ACGGUCUACGAAAUCAGGUUGGAGGUGAUCUUAAUCCUCAGGUUCGUCUGCGUCCUGAGGCACCAUAAAUUAAGAGUCAGACAGUUUUAGCCUAAAAGACGGGAAAACUACAUUUUAUUGCUAAGACUACAAAACAAUUAUGAAUUAAAUCUGUUUAAAUCCCGACUCUGACGCGCAUUUCUUUUGCGUGAGAAAAGAAUACUUUUUGAAACCUGUAGGAUAUUUUUUUUUUCUCUCACGCGCGAUAUGUCUCGUUCACUGUCAAUAUUGCUGGUGGGAGAAGGGAACUUUUCGUUUUCCGCUGUUUUGUGCCGCUUAUCAUCGGAAGUGAAGGUCACGGCCACUUGUCUGCAGCCGCAGGAGGAAGCACUGCGGCAGGAAGGUGCAUUCGAGAAUAUACAGAGCAUCAAGGACUCCGGUGGCUGUGUGCUUUUUGAGAUAAACAGUACAAAGCUUGGGGAAUGCGCAUCUCUGCAAGGGCAUCUGUUUGACCGUGUGGUCUUUAACUUCCCACACUGCGGGAGAAAAAGUGGCGUCAAAAAGAACAGGCAACUUCUCAAAGACUUCUUUCUCAGUUGCAUUCAGGUGUUAGCUGAAGACGGGGAGGUUCACGUUUCCUUGUGCAACGGACAGGGCGGGACGCCGGCCGACCAGCCCAGACGAGAGCGACACAACAGCUGGCAGGUGGUCGCCAUGGCAGCAGAGGCACGCCUCAUCCUCAGUGAUGUCCGCCCUUUCGAGAGUGACAAAUACCAGAGCUACAAGUGCACAGGAUACAGGAGUCAAGAUAAAGGCUUCCAUUUGGAGAAUGCUCUGCUCCAUGUGUUUACUCGCAGCGCCCCCUUCAGAUGCCCUCAAGUAUUUAAAGUGGAAGAAACUGUGGAAGGAGAGAAACUCCAGUACAACAUACCGGCAGAACUCAGUGAUUACACAUCUCGGGGCUUUCUCAACUCAGAUUCUGUCCAUCCUGUUAAAUUGGUGCAAGAUUUUCUUCUCGAAAGACUACAGGAAAAGUGGGCGGUCUCCAUGGCGUCAGAGACACUUCCUGUCCUCCUCACAGCCAAACAGUUGCAUUUGUGCUCCCCUGACAUAGACCACACACUAUUCUACUGGAUUCAUGUGUGUCAGAAAGAGCUGAACUGCGAGUCUUGUUACCCCACAGAGGAGUUGGCGGGUCAGGUUCGAGGGUCGUGCAUUAUCUCAAAGCCGCUGGACAACGUGUUGAAUAGUAAGGGCGCGCAGGGGGUAAGGUCAUUGUGUGCUCCUGAUGUUGACGUUGAGGAGGGGACGGCUCUUUUUGUAUUACGUCCCUCACUGCGCCCUCAGAUGGAAGCACUUGUUGCUAAAAAAGAUGGGUGGACCAGCGGAGAGACAGAAAUGGGAAAAAAACAAGCUCAGGGAGUGAAUCUGGAGCACAGCGGAAACUGGAACAGUGUGCCAAGCUUGCUUUUUGGAAUUAGUGGGCUGGUGUUCAGAAAUGUUCCAGUGCACCGCUGGGCUCAGCCCGUCUUCCACGAGCUCCUCUUCAUCUGUGUUCUCCCUAAAAACUACGAGCCAGUGAAAGUUCUUGAGCAAACCUUGGGAGUGUUGCUCGCUCCCUAUGGCGUCUCCGCGGUCACCAGGCAGGAAGGUCUGCAUCUGAUGGCAGAGCCGAUGGGGUUGAUCGGUAAAAUUUUCACAAGUAGCGCAGGCGACGUCACCCUCCUCAGCGUAAUUGUGUCUUUAAAUCUGGACCUCCUCGCUGUGCUCAUGUUCUCGCUCCCAGACUGGCGUCUGCUGUGGUCACAUGACCCACGCUUCUUGCAGCAAUUUGUCCUCCGGCCACUGCCUGGGACACCCUUCACUGCAUAUUCUCUGUUCCCUGAGCUGUUUAGCUUCGAUAUUAGUUUCUGGACGGGGACAGCGUGGGACGAAAAGAAGUUCUACGCGCUGGUCCGACAGGCCUCCUGCGAGACGGUGGAGCAUGUUAAACUCAUUGAUAAGUUUUCACAUCCGGACCUGAGCCAGACCAGCUACUGCUACAGGCUCAUUUAUCACUCACACACACAUGCACUGUCACACACACAAGCCCUCCACUUCCACAAACGCUUGGAGUUAUUACUCUCCUCGUGCUUGGAAGUGAUAAUCAGGUAGCUGCUAUUCUUCCCCAGUUUGUCUGAAAACUAUACACUUUAUGAGACUAUUCAUUAAAUGUAAAUUAGAACCUUGAAAUGAGCCAAAUAUUGUGAAACAGUGUUUCAGGAGAAGUUUAAUCUAGGCUACGACUUUGAAAAAGCACUGCUGUGGGCUCAAAAAUGUGAUCACCAGAGUGCUCAAGAGUGUUUCCUGACCUUUGUUUGAAGGUCAAUACUUUUUAUCAUUUUAUGGGGCACAAUCAAACAAAGUCAUGUAUGAUGAAAUAAUGAUGCUGUGUUUGUAGUGGUGGUAGUGGAAGGGCAUUUCAUGCUUUUGUCUUUGAGAAUCUUACACAUGCCAGUGACAUUUGCAUAAUUAUUAAUCUUAUUUAUUUAAUAGAUGAGUUGUAUAUGCAACAAGAGACUUGGACCUUAGUAUUGUGCAACACAGUAUAUGCAAGAAAGAAUUCAUACUAAACAAUGAUUAGGCAAAAAUGUGCACAUUGCAGUGCAUUAUGUAAACUUGAGUAAUGUCAGUCAUUUGUUUACAAUAAAUUAAGUACUUUAAAUAUUUUGGAUUUAUUUCACAAUCUACACAUAAAUUAAGUACUUUAAAUGUUUUGGAUUUAUUUCACAAUCUAAUUUUGCCAUUGAUGCGUUUUGUAUUACAUGGUACACAGACAACAUUAGCAUAC